UGGAGUUGAUAAGAAUUGUCAAUAAAUCGUUUGACAUACAUGUACAUUGUAAUCUGUUUUGGCCGAUUUCGCAAGUUAUUUCGUGUGCGAAGUGAAUCCCUCUAUCAUGAGUAGCACUUCAGCCCCAAAGGAUGCUCCCCCACCAUACCAGGGUGGAGCUGACUCAGGACAUAACCCACAGGAUCCACCCCCAAAGUAUGAGCCCCCAAAAGGGCCACAGGGUUACCCGCAGCCUGCUUAUCCACCACAAGGGUAUCAGUCUGGUGGGGUAGUGUACUCUCAGCCUCAGCCUGUCACUGUGAUACAGAUGAGUUAUGGCCCCAGCCCUGUCACCAUAAACUGCCCACACUGCCAGAAUCAUGUGACCACAUCCCUGGUUUACGAGACAGGAGCUCUGACUUGGAUUGUCUCAGGAGUGCUUUGCCUCUUUGGGUGUUGGCUGGGCUGCUGCCUCAUCCCAUUUUGUGUGUCAGAUCUACAGGAUGUCGUCCACAAAUGUCCCAACUGCUCAAACACAGUCGGGGUGUUCCGCCGGCUCAACUAGUGCUGCUCGGCUUUCGUAAAUCUAUAUAAUAUGAAAGUCAGUUUAGUCUUCUUGAGGUCUUCACAGAAAAUUUAUCUGUGAUAUAAGAAAAAUGUAUUUAAGUAAAUAUAUUAAUUGAGACAUAUUUUUCCUGGGAGUCACUGUUGUUAAAAAUAUUGUCUAUAGAGUUGUAGAGUUUUGGCAACUCUUUUUCUAGGCUAAGCACAUGUAGCUCUUCUAGUUCCUUCUCGAGUAGAGCAGUGCCAUGUUAUAAAUUAUGGCCAGGUGAUAUAUGAACACGUAUCUUUUCAAAUGUAAAACCUGUGUAAGGAAUCCUCUUGGAUUGGUCAUAGAUACUUGUAUGUCAUAGUAUGUGAUCAUACAAUUUCAUAUCUAUGUGCAUGCAACUGGGCUUAUGUUUAAAUGUACAUGUACAUCCUCAUGUGCCUUAAGCCUACAUGAAAAUUGCAUCUGUGGUGCUACAUACAGAGUAUAGAAAGAUAAAACUGAAAGUGUGUUGUAAGAGGUUUUAUAUUCUAAAGAUGUACAGCUUUCAGGAGUAUUGGGAUUUAGAAGUAAUUGACAGAAUGUAUGUUUAUAUUCCAAAGCUUCCCUCCAUUUUUUAAUGUGCCUUGUAAUAACUUUCUUCAGAAGUUUAAUAAAUAUUUUUCAAAAUGAUUUAGCUGUAUGAAAAAUUGUAUAACUUGCUUGUAUGCUAGGUGCUAGUAUGAGAAAUGAUUGUUUGCAAAUCAAGUAUUUAAUCACACUUUUUAUUCAAGUUGUUGAAGUGCCUUCAAAAGACAUCUGAUCUAACUUUCUUGGGUGUUUAUUGGUGAGGUGUUAUUUAUUUUGGGAAAUGGGAACAUGUAUAUGCUUUUUUAUCCUUACUUUGGUAAUAUUCUGUUGGUUUGAUUUUCUCACUUGUUAUAUCCGCCAUUUACAGGUAUUUUACAUCGUUCAAAUGUUAACUGUUUUAUUUCAUUUGCAGACAUCCGUAAAUUUUAGUGAGUCUUGCAAUGAAAAUACUAGGACAUGUAAACACAGAAUGAUAAAAAAUGCAAGGCACCUGAG